AUGAAUUCGAAUCUCUAUUUUUCUAUUUUUUUCAUAAUUUGUCUCGUGGAUGAAAUCAGUUCACGUGAAUAUUCAAUUGAGGAUUUAUUUUCAAUGUAAGUUGAAUUUGUUCGAAAAAUCUGAAAUUCAAAACUUCUGCAGUACUGUCGAGGAUACAACAAAAAGUUAUCAGGAAAACAAUGACUAUCAAACUAUCGAAAAAUCAAAAAUAACCAGAGAGGAACCAGAUAUUGCGAAAUAUCACGUAACAGAAAAACAGGAGGAAACAACUGAAUCAACGCUGAAAUCUUAUUCUUUCAAUCUUCAUCGAAAAGUUUCAUAUCAAAAGGAGGAAGAAACAUCAAAAAAACCUCAAUCAACUUCUGAAGGAAGCUAUGAGAUAGUUAUAUACGAAGAUCAGAUAACAUCUGAAAAUGAGGCGACUACCAAAAAUUCAAAAAUAUCAUACCCUUUGAACCUUCACCAAAAAUCUUCGGAAAGAACUACAGAAUCGGAUACUUUUUAUAUCUCCGAAGAAUCCGAUGAGUGGAAUAGUAAUGAAAUAACAUACGAUAAUUUGAGAAGAGAAUCUAAAAAACAUCAACUUGUACCUGAAACAUGUGAAGAUUUCAGUGAUUCUUGUGAAAAAUUGAAUAUUUGUGAAAACGAGGAAAUAAGCUUGGAAUUCAAGAAAUUGUAUUGUGCAGACACGUGUGGAUUUUGUUCGUUCAAUCGGAAUUGCAAAGACUUAUUCGGAUCGUAAGAAACUAUUUUCGAAUAGAUUGAUAAUUCAAAAAACUUGUUUACAGAUGUGGAAGAUGGAGAAGUAAAGGGUUAUGUAGGAAAUCCGAAAUAAGAAAAACAGCGUGUGCGAAAACCUGCGGAUCUUGUUGA